GUGAAUAUCAGAUUGCACUUCAACAUAGUCUUUGUCGUCUUUGUCGCUGAGCUCAGUCUGCUUCCCUCUGCAGGCUCAUUACAUGGCCAACAGGCUCGCUUGCGCAAAGUACCAAUACGUCGUAACUUCCACUGGCCCAAAGAUUUUACCGGUCGAGGAACCUCCAUCGAAGGACGAGGAAAGUCCAGCAGAUUACAAUGCAGGCGGUUAUCUUCAGGUCAAGGUCGGCGAUACGUUUAAGAAUGGACGAUAUUGUGUUAUAAGGAAGCUUGGAUGGGGUCAUUUCUCGACGGUAUGGUUAGUCAAGGAUGGACACUCCAGCUGCCAUUCUGCCCUCAAAGUCGUCAAAUCCGCCGGUCGUUACGCCGAAACAGCCAGAGACGAGAUCAAACUUCUGUCACGAGUCGCUUCAUUUUCACCCACGCAUCCAGGGAGGAAACACAUCGUUUCUUUCCUCGAUUCAUUUACCCACCAAGGUCCCGAAGCACAACACAUCUGCAUUGUCUUUGAACCUCUUGGGGAGAACCUUCUUGCACUAAUUGAACGUAAUCGCAAGAAAGGUGUACCUCGGUCACUUGUUAAACUCAUCGCAAAACAGGUACUCCUUGGUCUCCAGUAUCUGCACGAUGAAUGCGACCUAGUUCAUACUGAUAUCAAGCCGGAAAAUAUAUUAAUCUCCAUACCCGAUAUCGAGGCUCAUAUCUACAACGAACUCCUCCAGAGCCCCUCUCCUACAUCCCGCCGAGUAGGAGUUCCACUUCUUCAUAAAUCACGCGCUGGUGUGAAUAUCCCCUCCAAUCAACGCGGUUCUCGCCGCCAGGUCCAGAUCUUUGAAUCACAGCCAUUGUCUAGCCCAGGCAGGAGUUCAGGGGCACAUGGACGUGGAGGAAUAAGUAUGAGCAUUGGUGCCAGCGGUAGUGGGCCAAGUAGUGCUGCGAGCUCCUAUAUCGCGCAAAUGCACAUGACGCGGCUAGCCGACAGUGCAGUAACUAGCAUUCCUAAGCUCAGUUCUAGUGCUCCGAAGGUUCCUAGUGGGUUAUCAAUGUCUAACCCGAAUCCUCUUCAAACCAGCAAGUCCACUCCCAACGUCAAUCCCAAAAACAUUGCGCCUGCUCCGCCUCCAUUAAACAAGCCUAUUGGUGAUAAUUCUCCAUCCUCGUCCUCAUCCUCGUCCUCGAUAGCAUCUUCAGCACAUUCUACUGGCGCAGGUUGCAGUAGCGAUUACAGUACCCCGCCUACUUCUCUCUCACAUUCGCUCGGCAACACAAUCGGAAGUGUACUGACGAUGCCGAGGAAGGUCACCGAAACCAAAGUUCACGUUAUGCCUUCAAUCGCUGACCAUCUUGUCUGCGACCGCGUUGGUUUACCGAUGAAUUCUAAAGGAAAAGUAAAGGCAGAUACUUCCGAGUUAUCGAUAUCAUGGAUGGAGAAGUUGUCGUUGAAGUCUUCGUGGAAAGAUAAACUAUCGUUCUCCCUCGGAUCUUCCUACAAGUCUUCGAGUAGCGGCGAUUCCAAGCCCAGUUAUCGUAACACGCAUUCAGGGUCCCGUUCCGGCGUGUCCGGCUCGUGGAAGGACCCUGGAGUUGCCGCUCCUGCCCCAGCAGUGGUUGUUUCUACAGCUGUCAGAGCGGGCGGUGAGGAAGAGGGUGAAGAUUAUUUUCACCUUACUGCUGCAAAUAGCAGUCGUAGUACACUUAAUUCUGAUGCGACGACGUCCGAGAGUUCGUCUGCCACUGUUACAGCCGCUCGUCCGUCGCCCUCCGAGACAGAUCGCUCUGCGGAACCUAGGUCAUUACAGGCACUUAACAGCGACAGCUCGCGAAAUCUGGAUCUUAUCGCGAAACCGAUUGUUCACCACAGACCUUCCAACGGCAACAACCCUUCACUUUUAUCGCAAACUGCACCCCGUGCCCCAAUAAUUCAGAGACCCUCUCAACCACCCUCUCAACUUUCAGCACAGCUGCAGAAACAUUCUUCAAGCACAGACGGAAUGCAGGUUGAGACCACUUUACAGUCAACAAUGAAGAAUUCACGAGGGAAGCCAAAGGUUUCUCCACCGAAAGUUAUCAUACCCUCCACUCUCGUAGACGUCACCCCUACCGGUUCACCUAUCACAGCACCUCCGCCUUCGCCCAACGAAUGUCCAGGUUUACCAUCCUCUGGCUCAAAACCUGUAGAUGUUCCAAUCUCGUCUCACCAAAGAGUCACCGAAUACACACCGGAUUCAGUUCUCAUUUUAGAACACAUGCCUAUUCCUCCCCCCGUGUCGAUAAAGAUAGCAGAUUUAGGGAAUGCCACACCGUCCAAGAAACAUUAUACCGAAGAAAUUCAGACUCGCCAGUAUCGUGCGCCUGAAGCUAUUGUGGGGAGGAAGGACUGGAAUGCAACGGCAGAUAUCUGGAGUGUUGCUUGCGUUAUUUUUGAACUCCUUGCCGGGGAAUAUUUGUUUGAUCCUCAAGGUCAAGGUGAACUGUUUACAAAGGAUGAUGACCAUAUGGCACAGAUCAUAGAGCUUCUCGGUGAUUACGCGCUGGAGGCCAAGAUGGGUGGGAAAUAUAGUCGAGAUUUGUUCGAUCAUGCAGGUAACCUCAGAUAUAUCAAAACUCUGAAGCCAUGGCCUCUUAAGCGGGUCAUGACCGAAAAGUACCUGUAUAACGAAGAAAACUCUAAAGCGUUGUGCGACUUCCUGUUACCGAUGUUGGUCAUCGAUUUCAAAAACCGCGCUUCGGCCCGAGACAUGAUUGACCACGACUGGCUCACGAUCACAGAAGCCGAUGGUCACUGCGACGAGUGGUGAAUGGCGGACAACGUCUUGAGAAUUUCAAGCGACACAAUCAUCUCCGAAGGGUGGGAUAUUCCCAUUCAUAUUGCAGGUUUCUUGUUCGUUGUCUCGUUUUCAUACCAUAGACAUUUUGUUUCCAGAUUAGACUUCCGACCACCCUUUUCCCAGCAUCAAGUCAGCCAUAGAAUCUGGCCGCCGCUGUUUUUAUCUUAAUCUUUAUCUUUCUUCUUCACCCUUGUCUCCUUUGCACCGGGCUUUUCUGUUGUAUUUCCAUUUGGGCUCAUCAGUUUCUAUUCAAUACCCCACAUAUAGAUGCACCCUCUUUUCCUUACCUGUUUAUUUGUUUUAAAUGGCUGUCAGUGCUUAUGAUGGACUGUUUCAUAUAUGUACGAUAUAACAGUGUUGUUCCUCCGCCUCUCGUGUCCUCCUCACCCGCUUUUCUUUUUUUACCUCCGGACAGACCCUACUUCCGGCCUAUCCCACCUACCACCUACCUCCCACCUCUUCCUCUCGGUUGGUUGAUUGCUCUCCGUGCGAUACAUGACCAUUCAUGUCUACCUCCUUACAUACUUUCAGUUUUCAUUUCCAUCACUCCCCAACUGUAGCUAUGACUUUUCUCUCUCUCGCUCACAUCGACUCAACUGUUCUUACCUUCUCUCUCUCUCUCUCUCCCUACCUUACUGAUCCAAGCUACGGAUACUUUAGCCACAAAUUCAAUACUCUACCAAGCCAAUCUCACGAGUAUCAUGUUAUUUUUUUCUCUGCAAACUAGAUUUCAUUAUUUUCCCCCCUCUGUAAAUCAUUUAUUGUACGACGGACAGAACCUCCUCUUGAAAUUCUCAAUGAACACGCAUUCGCUUAAUUACGGCGAUGUCGAUAGGAAAUAACGGUUUCAAUUUGGAAGUUGAGG